AAUGUCGUACAAAACGUUUAUACUCUUAUGUCUCUGUAUUGAUCUUGCCAAGGGACUAAUUACAUCCGAAAUUAUAGCCUCGCACAACUAUCCGGUAGAAGUACACACAGUGCUCACACGAGAUGGCUAUUACCUCAACGCGUUCCGCAUACCGGGCUCUAAAUUUUGUCAGCAAUCUGGACCAAAGCCGGCGGUUCUCUUUCAGCACGGAAUGUCCGCGUCCUCGGAUGUUUUCCUGCUGAACGGACCUCAGGAUUCAUUGGCAUUCAUGUUGGCCGACGCCUGCUUCGAUGUGUGGCUGAGUAACUCGAGGGGCACUCGGUAUUCCCGACGCCACGUGUCUUUGGAUCCCUCCAAUGAUGCCUUCUGGCGCUUCAGCUGGCACGAGAUUGGAACGGAGGACGUGGCUGCUUUCAUAGACUACAUUCUGGACACCACGAAGCAGAGAGCAUUGCACUUCUUGGGUCACUCGCAGGGAUGCACCACGCUGGUGGUGCUCCUCAGCAUGCGACCGGAGUACAACAAGUUGGUCAAGACCGCAGUCCUACUAGCUCCGGCUGUCUUUAUGCGCCACACAAGCACCCUUUCGCAGACCAUCUUUAGGAGAUUUAUCAUGGCUAUGCCCGACAAAGAGUACAUGUACCACAACGGAGUUUUUAACAAACUCUUGAGUAAUGUGUGCGGACUAUUCAUUGCCAGGGUGUUCUGCACAACCUUCUACUUGAUCUCCAACGGAAAAAUUUCCAAACACCUAAACACAAGCGUUAUUCCUCUGAUUGCCGCCACGCUUCCGGCGGGAGUUUCUACCCGCCAGCCAAAGCAUUUCAUCCAGCUCACGGACAGCGGCAAGUUCAGACAAUUCGAUUUCGGGAUCGUGAGGAACUUAAUACACUACAAGAGCCUAGAACCUCCGGACUAUACUUUGAGCAACGUCCGUCCCCUGACGCCAGUCCACAUAUUCUACAGCGACGAUGACAGUUCCACAGCAAAAGAGGAUAUUCAAAACUUUGCCGCCAGAGUGCCGGAGGCGGUGAUGCACCGCAUCUCCACACCGGGCUGGCACCACACGGACUUCGUGCAUUCCAUGACCGUUGCUGACGUAAUCAACAAGCCGGUGAUUGAAAUUUUCAGAAGCUUUGAGCGACUCAGCAGUCCUACAUUCACAUGAAAAGAGUUUCCAUAUGGAAUGAUGAAUGUCUAUAAUGCUGGAUGAAAAAUAAACUUUCCCUUCAUAAACGAA